AUGCUACAGCGAGCGGUCCGAGCCUCGUCCUCGAGAGCAGCGUUGAGCACGAUACGAUCUGCAGCUCGCUGCAAGUCGCUCAAUAGAUCACAACCUUCAACAAUCGGUUUCACCUCAUUUGGAAGCCGGAACUUCUCCCUCUUCUCCCGUUCGGUCUCGUCGGAACAUACACCUACACAGGGCAAACUUGCUGCCCUGGAGAGUAAUGCCAAUGCUAGUCCUGAAGACACGGAGCAACAGAUUGAACUUUUCAAGGCUCUGCUGGACGGUGGCGCCGAGCAGGGGGUCAUAGCUAGAUGGGAGGGUGCACUGAGAGCUACUCCACCUCAAGCCCUUGCGCAGUCUAGUGAAGCUUUCGACAUCUACCUGUUGGCUCUGGCAAGGACUGGGCUCAGCAAGCAGAUCCCGGAGGCCGUCCGUGAACGGGAUGCCGUUCUCGCUGGCCAACCUUCAUUUGCCGCCUCAUCAACCGAGACUUCCGAAUCUACAGCCGAUGCUCCCACAAGUAUUCCCACAAUGACUCCGCUUCAAGCCAAGCUGGCGUCUCUGCCUGGAUUCCGAAGCAGAGCAACACCGCCAUCAGCUGGUUCGGCCAUGGCAGCGACCUCGUUGGCGGAACUGGGCCAACAGGCCAAACCUGUCCACGUUGUUUUGGAAGAGUCGAGAGGGUUCUCCGCCGCACGGGUGGCAAAGACCCUUGGAGUCAACGCUCUUUACAUCUUCUGUUUCUUAACCUUGGCUUCGCUCAUCCUGGAGAACACUGGACUGCUAAAGGCGGGCAAUCAGCCUACCGAGUUUGAUCCUGAGAAGGGUGGGGUGGUACGGUUCGAGGAUGUUCUGGGAUGCGACGAAGCGAAAGAUCUGCAAGAGGUGGUCGAGUUCCUGCGGAAUCCAGAGAGAUUUUCCAACCUUGGAGGCAAGUUGCCAAAGGGAGUACUGCUCACCGGUCCACCCGGAACCGGUAAGACCAGGUUAGCACGAGCUGUAGCGGGAGAAGCCGAAGUCCCGUUCUUCUACGCUUCGGGAUCGUCCUUCGAUCAGAUGUACGUUGGAGUGGGUGCGGCGAGAGUGCGAGAGCUUUUCGCUGCAGCUCGGAAGAAGGCACCGGCCAUCAUCUUCAUUGACGAAAUUGAUGCCAUCGGGUCGAGGCGAUCGGCCAAGGAUCAGCAUUACAUGAAGCAAACUUUGAACCAGCUGCUGGUCGAGUUGGACGGGUUCCAGGACGCCGAAGGUGUCAUCGUGAUAGGGGCUACUAACUUCCCGCAGAGUCUGGACAACGCGCUCACACGACCGGGACGUUUUGAUCGUCAUGUCACUGUACCCCUUCCCGACAUGCGAGGAAGAACGGCUUUGCUGAAACAUUACAUGAACGAGGUUGAAUUCGAUGUCGAGGUCGAUCCGACAAUCAUUGCCCGUGGUUGCCCAGGCAUGUCUGGAGCGGAUUUGAGUAAUCUAGUCAACCAGGCUGCUAUCCGCGCUUCUCGAGAAGGAUCAACGCAUGUCAAGCUCAAUCACUUUGAAUGGGCAAAAGACCGAAUCCUGAUGGGUGCCGAGCGAAGGAGUCAUUAUGUAACACCGGAGAAUAAGAAGAUGACGGCAUAUCACGAGGCUGGACAUGCGUUGACGGGUUUGAAGACUGCCGGCGCAAUGCCCCUUCACAAAGUUACGAUCAUGCCGCGAGGUCGAGCUUUGGGCUUGACGAUGAGCUUGCCUGAAGACGACGUGGAUAGCAUGACUCGGAAACAGAUGAACGCCUCUAUUGACGUAGCUCUGGGAGGUCGGGCUGCCGAAGAACUCAUCUACGGGAUCGACGAGACGACAUCUGGAUGUUCGUCCGACCUGGAAAGAGCGACCGAUGUGGCGACGCGGAUGGUGCGGAACUACGGGUUCAGUCCUAAGGUCGGCCUGGUGGCCCAUAGUGAUGACGACUUGCCUUACCUGAGCGGAGCGAAGAAGGACGAAAUCGAGUCUGAGAUCCGACGAUUCGUGGAUGAAGGUUGGGGACGGGUCAAGGGUUUGAUGCAGGACAAUAUUGGCGAUCUUCACAAGCUCGCCGAGGCAUUGGUAGAGUAUGAGACGCUGGAUAGGGAAGAGGUCAAACGGGUCCUGCGUGGGGAAAAAUUAGACAGGCUGGACGCUCUCGGUCCAAAGCUGACGUCACAGGUCGACGAGCCUAUACCAGUACAAAUCAUCGAGUAA